AUGAAAACCCUUGAAGAAGCAGAACUCUGCUUUCCACAACUCCUCAACUCCUCCUGCUGGACGACAGCACGUCCUCACUCUGCAUCCAUGCUCACUUACAUCAUACUGUUGUCCAUCACUCUGCUCACUGUGAACCUCAACCUGCUGGUCAUCAUCUCCAUCUCCCAUUUCAGGAAGCUCCACAGCCCCACCAACCUCCUCCUCCUCUCUCUGGCUGUCUCAGAUUUCUUUGUGGGCCUCCUUAUGUUCUUUCAAAUUGUGCUCAUAGAUGGCUGUUGGUUUCUUGGUGAUCUCAUGUGUAUUUUGUAUUAUAUUUUGGACUAUAUCAUUACCUCUGCCUCAAUAGGAACCAUGGUGCUCAUAUCCAUCGACCGCUAUGUAGCUAUUUGUGAUCCUCUGCAUUACCCCACUAAAGUCACACAAAAAAGAGUAAAGAUCUGUGUUUGUGUGUGUUGGGUAUGUUCUACUAUCUCUCACAGUCUGCUGCUGAAGGAUAACUUGGAGCAACCAGGCAGGUAUAACUCCUGCUCUGGAGAGUGUGUAGUUGUUAUUGAUUAUGUUGCUGGAAUUGUUGAUCUGUUCUUGUCCUUUAUUGGUCCUGUCACUGUUAUCAUAGCUCUGUAUAUGAGAGUAUUUGUGGCAGCUAUGUCUCAAGCUCGUGCCAUGCGCUCUCAAAUUGCAGCUGUCACACUUCGGUGUUCAGUGAAAAUAACUGCUAGAAAAUCUGAGCUGAAAGCAGCCAGGACACUUGGUGUUGUUAUAAUUGUGUUUCUAAUAUGUGUCUGCCCAUAUUUUUGUGUUGCACUUACAGGCCAAGACACCUUUCUCAAUGCUUCAUCUGCUGCCUUUGUCAUAUGUCUGUUUUAUUUUAACUCCUGUUUAAAUCCAGUGAUCUAUGCCUUUUUCUAUCCCUGGUUUAGAAAGUCUGUUAAACUUAUUGUCACUCUUCAAAUACUGAAGCCUGGCUCCUGUGAGGCCAACAUAGCAUAG